GCGCUCUAGAUUUCAUCCAAAAUUAUACAAAAUCCGACAUAUCUGUUUUUUGCACUUUUCAUUGGAAGUUACUAAUCUAGUGUGAUAACGCAACCAAAUGUUCGUGGCAGUAUUUCGUUGAACUUGACGCCAACGAGGAUAAUAACAUAACUGGGCCACAACAAUUGGCCAGGAUCUCUGGUGACUCGACAGGCAUUACACGUCUGAUCGCAUUAUAAACUUAUUGGACAGUGCCUGGAACCCGUAGAAAAUGAGUAAAUUAUUCGGCUCUAAAUCCAAUGAUUUUGAAAAUGAAGCAUUAUCUGUUCACAAUAACUACAGAAGAGAACAUGGGGCUCCUGCUCUCACACUAAAUAAAGAUAUAUGUAAAACCAGCCAAAAAUGGGCCGAAGAACUCGCAAAAAAGGAUCAAAUGCAGUACAGCCUCCAUGAAGAGUACGGAGAAAACGUGUAUUGUGGCUGGUCUCAUGAUCCUAAUAUAAAAAUAAGAGCACGUGACUGUAUCGACAAAUGGUACAGUGAGAUAAACGAUUACUCGUUUGGCAAGGAACCCGAAGUAUUAAACUGUGGUCAUUUUACCCAGAUUAUCUGGAAGAACACAAGGGAACUAGGAAUCGGAAGUGCUAAGAGUAAAUCGGGCAAGCUUUACGUGGUGGCGCAUUACUUUCCUCCAGGAAAUAUCAGUAAUCAAUUCAUGAAAAAUGUUUUACCUCCUGGCGCUUUACAAUUUAAAUCAAAUACAACGAGCGGCACUGCACGAAACUCGAGUGGAUCACCACUUCCUAGCCAGAGGAAUAGCAAAAAUCUUGGUGAUAUUGCGUCGGAUUUAGUCAGUAAAUUUAAAAGUACGUCUGUGUCAGGUGACAAAUUUGAAGAAGAAUUUUUGGCAGCUCAUAAUAUCUAUAGAAAAAAACAUGGUGUCCCUCCUCUAGAAUUAAGUAAAAAACUGGGAAAAUAUGCUGAAGAAUGGGCAAAAAUUUUGGUAAAAAAGGGACGAAUGGAACAUAGGGAUCAACAGGACUAUGGAGAAAAUAUUUUCUAUGCUUGGUCUUCGGACCCUGACUUUGUCGUAUCUGGGAAAGACCCGGUAGAGAAGUGGUACAGUGAAAUAAAAGAUCAUCGUUUUGGCAGAGAACCUACGGACUUAGGAUCUGGGCACUUUACGCAAGUUAUAUGGGAAGAUAGCAAAGAAGUAGGCGUCGGCAUGGCGAGGUCAAAAGACGGGCAUGUGUAUGUCGUGGCAAACUACAGCCCACCAGGUAAUAUAAUGGGCAGUUUUUCAAAAAAGGUUCGCCCGCCUUUGUAAUGUUCCUUUUUAUU